UCCUUGCUUCCUUGUCCUUCGCUUACUUUGCCAAGGCUUUAUCUGGCAGCUACAUGAAGAGCACAAUUACACAACUAGAAAGAAGAUUUGACAUCCCCAGUUAUCUGAUCGGAAUCAUAGACGGGAGCUUUGAAGUAGGGAAUUUGUUGGUCAUUGCCUUUGUGAGUUAUUUUGGUGCCAAACUCCACCGGCCCAAGAUCAUAGCAAUUGGUUGUGUGUUGAUGUCCUUUGGGACCUUCUUGAUCGCCAUGCCCCAUUUCCUCAUUGGCCGCUAUAAGAUCGAAACAUCAGUUAGAUGGUCAGUGAAUUCAACCAAUAACCUCUCUCCAUGUCCAGCAAGCUCACCUGAGUCCACCAGGGCAGGUGACAGUCCCUCGUUACUGAACUCUAGAGGCUGUGAGCGAGAGUCCAGUGUUUCAAUGUGGAUUUAUGUGCUUCUGGGAAAUAUCCUGCGGGGAAUUGGAGAGACUCCAGUACAGCCUUUGGGAAUCUCCUAUAUUGAUGAUUACGCACAAACAGAGAAUGCUGCCCUCUAUAUUGGAUGUGUCCAAACCAUAUCAAUUAUCGGUCCUGUCUUUGGGUAUCUGCUGGGGUCUCUGUGUGCCAAGAUCUACGUUGACAUUGGCUAUGUUGACUUGGAGACGCUAACCAUUACCCCUGGUGAUGCCCGCUGGGUGGGUGCAUGGUGGCUGGGCUACCUUAUCGCUGGGACCAUCACCCUCAUGUCUGCAGUUCCGUUCUGGUUCCUGCCUAAAUCGCUGCCCAUGCCCGUGGAUAAACACGAUAGCAGCUGCACCCCCGAGCAAACCAGGUUUAUCAAAGAUUCCCCAACCAUGGAGCACAAGUUCAGACCUGAGGAGCCGGCUAAUCUACACCAGAUGGCCAAAGAAUUUGUGCCCACAUUGAAGAGCCUCCUUGGAAAUCCUGUGUACGUCACUUUUUUAUGCGUCACCAUCAUUCAGUUCAACUCUCUCAUCGGGAUGGUCACCUACAAACCCAAAUACAUCGAGCAACACUACGGCCAGUCAGCAUCAAAAGCCAAUUUCCUCAUGGGCAUGAUCAACAUCCCGGCUGUGGCCCUUGGGAUGUUCUCUGGAGGGGUUGUCAUGAAGAAGUACAAGCUGGGUAUCCUGGGAGCAGCUAAAUUUGCCUUUGGAACCUCCCUGCUGGGCUUCUUCCUGUCGCUCUUCUUCUUCGCCAUGGGCUGUGAGAACUCCAAGGUGGCAGGCGUCACAGUCUCAUAUACCGGAGUCGAAGGCUUGUCUUAUCAGGAACAGUCUCUCUUCUCUGAAUGUAAUUCGGGCUGCUUGUGCUCCAGAAGGGAUUGGGAUCCAGUGUGCGGAGAGAACGGGAUCACCUACGUGUCCCCUUGUUUGGCCGGAUGCUCCUCAUCCACUGGCUCCGGCAAAUAUACGGUGUUUGCGAAUUGCAGUUGUGUAGCACUGCCUGACACCCAACAAGUCAACCUGACGGCCUCUCUGGGACAGUGUCCACGCAGUGACAGCUGCGACAAAGUCUUUCCUUACUUCCUGGCCCUGUCAGUCCUCAGCUCCUUCAUCAUCUCUCUGGGAGGAACACCAGGCUUCAUGCUGCUCGUCAGGUGUAUUAGGCCUGAGCUGAAAUGCUUUGCUCUUGGAAUCCACUCGUUGGCUACUCGUACCUUCGCUGGAAUACCUGCCCCGAUAUACUUUGGAGCCAUAAUCGACACAACCUGCCUCAAAUGGGGGAAUAAGAUGUGUGGAGGAAGAGGAGCGUGCAGAAUAUAUAACACCUCAGCUUACAGGACACUGUACCUGGGCCUGACUCUGGGCUUACGGACAGCCUCCUUCUUCCUAUGUUAUCCAGGCUUUGCUCUACUUAAAAGACACAUUAAGAUGGAGGAGAAACAUGCUCUGACCAAUGGCAGUGCAGAGUUGGAGUCUUUAAGAAAAGAGGAGAACAGCUCCAAACACUGUGAGCAGUUUAUACCGGACUCGGACUGCAUUCCUGACCGAGAGACUCGCUUGUGAUGAACAGAGGAAAACACUCUUUUCAUAGCACACAGAGUAUAUAUUUGUACAGGAUUUAUUAGACAAUGAGUCAUCUUAAGAAUGUAAUUGUGCUGUAUUUUUAUGUUGGUCCUCGUUUUUUUGAUUAAACUUGAUAACUUAGAUUUUUGGAUUCAUGAUGUAUUAUGGUGCCUGAAUAAGAUGGUUAAACG